ACGACCCCCCGUCGUCAGGAGAGAGAGAGACUCCACACAGACUCACCAACUCACGAACGAACGCGAUCACAACACCACCAUAGAAAACGUUGUUGAUCAGGCAUCAGAGAAAACGUCCCUCGCACGUGGUCCGAUCAUUUGUGAAAACAAGACUUUAAAUUCUGAACUAACAACGAUCAAUGUGGAUUUUGUUGUUUUUGUUUGAAAUGACGGAAUAAGCAAUUGGGAAGUUAGGUGAACGUCUUAAUAAGGGAUUAUUAUCCUGAAGGAGUGUUGGAGGUGUCGUGGUGUGGCGUGGGCGCGGCGGUUAGGGCUGCGGGCGAGUGUUGGGUCUCUCACUCUCAGUACACUCGGUGGGGCCUUCUGCUGCUGGAGCUGUGACCACCGCUGCUGCUUCUACUUCAACUCGAAUACUUGGCUGGUGGUAGCCCAAGACCAGAAUGACCGAAGGUUAUCUGGCGCUACGAUGGAACAACCACAAUACCAUUUUCACCAAGAUCCUCACCCUCCUCCGUGAGCAGGAGUCGUAUGUGGAUGUGUCCUUGGCAUGUUCUGGGCGGUUGUAUUCUGCACACAAAUUUGUUCUUUCAACAUGCAGUGAUUACUUCAAGGAGAUGUUUAAUAAGAAUCCUUGCAAACAUCCCAUUGUUUUCAUGAAAGAUGUAUCAUGCAAAGAUAUGGAGGCUCUCUUGGAUUUCAUGUACAAGGGAGAAGUUCAUGUGCCUCAAAGUGAAUUGGGUUCCUUGCUUCGUACAGCUGAGGGGCUUCAAGUGAAGGGCUUGGCUGUGCCAGAUGACUCUCCUCGUAUCUCUUCCUCCAAUCCCAUUGUGCCUUCUGUCCCGUCCAUUUCACGUUCACAUCCGCCCACACUUUCGGCACCUGCACAAACUCGAAAACGCAAAAGACCUCCUGAAACAAACAGAAAAGAUGACCCACCAAAGUUAACUCUACGCCCAGAUUUUGGACCACCUCCAUCUAAUCGUUCUCGGCAGCGUAACAGGCCUCCAGGCAUGCCAGAGCUCAAGAGGAUCAAGAAAGAUGAGCAUAAAGCAGAUAAUACAGCAACUCUGGAACCGGGGGAGGUUCCAGGAUCCCCUAGUCCAGUACCCAGUAGUCAUAACAGUGAAGAACACCCUGUUAACCAUACAAAUAAGUCAAAGAAUGAAAGAUCUGAGUAUGUUAAAAGAGAGGAUGAUGGCGAUCAGGAUGAUGAUGAGGGAGGACCUGGUGACGGAAUGUCAGCUGAUGAGCAGGAAGACAAUGAUGAAGAAGAAGAGGAAGACGAGGAAGAGGAGGAGGAGCCAGGUAUGGGAGAAGGUGAAAGCUUAUCCCAUAGUGCUCUCUCUGAUGUAGAGGAUGGUUAUGAACAGUCCAAUUCUUCUAUACCAAACUCGGACAUAUCAACGACUGAGCUGUUACAGGUGGAUCUAAGUGAAGAUGGAACACAAUUUAUAAUAGGCCCAGGUGGCUUCAGAGAAAUGAUGUCCAGAGGUUCACCUUUGACAGGUGAUGAAGAAAGAAAUGGUGAGAAGGAACAAAAGAAACCUUUUGUUUGUCCCUUAUGUGGACAAGCAUUCACUCGAAGAGAUAACCUUGCAAACCAUAUCAAGACCCAUACGGGAGACCGUCCGUUUAUGUGCCAGUACUGUCACAAAUGUUUUUCAAGAAAAGAUUAUCUGAAGCAGCAUGAGCGCAUCCACACAGGUGAAAAGCCGUAUGCGUGUGACAUUUGUGGCCGUGCGUUCACCCGUAAAGAAGGUCUUACAGAUCAUAUGAGGUGUCAUUCGGACUUUAAAGCCUUUUCAUGUGAAACCUGUGGUAAGAGCUUCAAACAAAAGUGUGGUUUAAGAUUCCAUAAGCGUAACUAUAAACAUUAAUUUAAUGUGAGAUCUGAAAAAAGUGGCAUUGAACAGGCAACCUAGGCCUCUGGAGGUCAGUCAUUACGUUAACCUUCCAUUACUUUGUCAGUGUUAAAUCAGAUCAUUUCCAUUUUCAUUAGUCUUCAUUUGGAUGCUUAUUGACAGAGAGAGAGAGAGAGAGAGAGAGAGAGAGAGAGAGAGAGUGAGAGAGUGAGAGAGUGAGAGAGUGAGAGAGU